AUGUUAUUGAGAGCGAUUGGAAGAAGUGCCAAAAAUUUAGUAUCUGUUAGAAAUAUUGCAUUAAGUAGAGCGAGUUUAGGCGGAGGAGGACAUCAUCAUGGUAUGUUUAAAUUGGGGGAAUAUUGUAUAUUUCAUUUUAUUAUUGCAGAGCCAACUCCUGUAUAUACUCCAAAACCUGGUUCGCUAGAUUGGUAUCUUUGUGGAAAUAAUAAAAAAUCUGCUCAUGAACCGGAACCUUAUAUUCCAAAAGGAGAUGAUUAUGGAUCAUUUGUUGGAGCUGCUGUUUUUGUUGGAUUAACUAUUGCAGCUGUUGUGAGUUAUUUUAAGGGGAGUUAUCUCAAAAUUUGAAGUGAAAUUUUUAAAGCUGAAAUAUUUGGAGCCUAUUUCAAAAAUCAAAGAAUCUAUUUUUAGUGCAGUGUUUUUUUCCGCAAAAUCUAGAAAAGACUACCAAGCAAUUUAAGUUUUGAAUUUUACAACUAAUAUACUUAAAAGACCCCAAUUUUUGAGAUAAGCGGGAAAAAUGCGAAAUUGUCUAUUUCGAAUUGUAAGUUAUAAAUUUUGAAUUAUCGUUAGUAGAAACAUUUUAUAAAUUUCUGCAGAAAAUUAUCUUUAAUACCGCUUUCUCUCUAAAUCAAAACAAAGUCAUCACAUUUCCAGCUUUUCAAAACUGACGCAUUCAAAAAAGAUACACACGUCCAUCACCAUGUGCAAAAACACGAAACAUCUCAUGAAUCUUCUUCACACGCCGAACCCGCCCAUGAACCGGAACCAGAAGAAGUUGAAGCUGUUGCUCCUGAACCAGUUGCAUCAACAUCAAGCCCAUCUUCAGAACCAACUCCAGUUGCAGCUCAAACUUCCGAAGAAUCAGCUCAACCAUCAACUUCUUCACAAUCCGAACCAGCUCCAGUUCAACAAGAAACACCUGAAGUUUCAACUCCAACACCAGAGGUUACUAGAUUUUCAAGUAACUAAUUAAUAUUUUGAUAAUUUAAGCCAGUUUCUCAAUCAUCUGAAUCAUCAGCAUCGUCUUCUUCUCCAAGUUCUUCUUCACCUUCAACCGAAUCGACUCCUCAAAAAUCAGAAGAAGCUUCAAACGAGGUACAGUAAUUCAAAGUUGUCUUAUAUGAUACUGUAGUAUUGUUGCUCAUUAUCAAUCCGGUCUUCUUCGUUUUCUUUUCGAGUGCCUUCUUUUUCUUGUUUGCCUGCCUUUUUAGAAAAUAAAGAGUUUAUAUUUUCAAGAAAAAUUUAAUUUUUUGUAGAGCGACGAGAAGAAAAAGGGAUUAUAUUGUGAAUAUGUUAUUAUUGGAAGUGGAACUGCUGCUUAUUAUGCAUCAUUAGCAAUUCGAGCAAAACAAGCUGAAGCAAAAGUUUUGAUGGUAGGCAUUUUUUGAAAGUUUAGGUGGAAAAUAUUUGAGAAGUGAAAAAUAAUCGAAAAAUUUGGAUUUUAUCUUAAAAAAUUGUAGCGACCUCUUCUUUAGCUUCAAAAUUUGAUCUGAAAAAUAUUGGUUGCAAUAAAUUUGCUCUAGAAAACCGUUACUUACUGAAUUUUUAAAAUUUGGCCUCAAAAAACUUCAUUUCAUUUCUUCGAAAUUCCCAAUACGCAUCCACAUUCUUCAAAAAAAUCGAAAAUAUCUUAAUUUCAGAUUGGUGAGGAAAACGAGCUUCCAUACAAUCGUCCACCAUUAUCCAAAGAAUUAUGGUGGUAUGGCGAUGAAAAUUCGAGCAAAAAACUUGAUUAUACUGCGCUCUCCGGUAAAAAACGUGAUAUUUUCUAUGAAGUUGAGGUAAGUUCUCUUUAUUUUUCAUCCCAAGCUAUUUUUUCUGACAAAAAUAAGUUUGAAAAAAAAAUUUAAUCUCAAAUUAUCCCUUGGGAUAACAAACUUACCAUUUUUUAAACUUCACUCCAUAAAUCCCUACCUCUUUUAGGGAUUCUUUGUGAAACCUGAAGAUUUGCCAAGUGCCACGCAUGGCGGAGUUUCGUUGAUUCGUGGAAGCAAAGUUGUGAAAAUUUGUGAAGAAGAUAAAACUGUUAUUUUGGAAGAUGGAACAACAAUUGGAUUUGGUAAAGUAUUGAUUGCCACUGGAACUCGACCCAAAAAAAUGGAUUUAUUCGAAAAAUCGAGUAAUGAAGUGCAAAAUAAGAUAACUUAUUAUCAUUAUGUGAGUUGUUUCAUUAAAUUUUUUCCAAAACUGAAUAAGACAAUAUUGUUGCAGCCAGCGGAUUUCAAAAAAGUGGAGAAUAGUUUGGCAGAUUCAACAGUUAAAACAAUCACAAUAAUUGGAAAUAGUCUAAUCGCAUCUGAGCUCGCAUAUUCGAUCAAACGAAAAUAUGAAAAUGUGAAUGUUCAUCAGAUUUUCGAAGAGAAAUAUAAUGCAUCAGAUAUUCUACCAGAACAUUUGGCGAAAAAAUCGACUGAAGCUAUUCAGAAAAUGGGUGUGAAUGUGCAUUCUGAAGAAAAGAUUGGAGGAGUUAGGAAAUGUUGCAAAAAUGUUGUUUUGACCGUGAGUUUUGGGAGAGAAGUUCAAAAAAAAUGUUUUUAAUCAAAAAAUAGUUAAAAAUGUGAUUUCUGAAUUCAUGUUACAUAACUUUUUUUGAGCUGUGAAACUCGUAUUCAAAUUUUGAAAAAAUUCGAAUCACAGACUAAAGAUUUGGGAAGGAAUUUGCGAUUGAAAGGGAUAUUGUAGCUCCCAGAUUACAAGUUACUGUAACUCUUGGUUUGCAAAUAUAAAUGUAGCUCCCAGUCUACAAGGAUUACUGUAACUCUAACAAUUCCAAAAAACUUACUCCAGAAAUUUUUCUUUUUUUUCUAAUCUAUUUUUUUAUUUGAAAAAAGACAAAUUCGAAAUUUUGAAUUUUUCAGUUUCAAACUUUAAUUAAAAUUUUCAAAUUUGCCCCGUGAAUGUUCUUUUAAUUCAAAAAUUCUGCAGAUGAAAGAUGGAAGUGAACAUCGAACUGAUUUGAUUGUAAUUGCUGAUGGAGAAGAUGUUAAUAGUGAAUUAGCUGAAGCAUCUGGUCUCAAGGUAUUUUCCUCAUUUUUAUCAAAUUUUUUGCAAGCCAUAACCCCAUUUUUUCUUCAGAUAAAUUCGGUGAAUGGUGGUGUAACAACUGAUAAAUAUUUGAAAGUAUCUCCAAAUAUUUAUGCAGCUGGUUCAGUUGCCUCAUUUGAUGAUUCAGUUCUUGGAACACGUCGUUUAUCAUCCUGGGAAAAUGCACAAAUCAGCGGAAGAUUGGCUGGCGAAAAUAUGGUUUUGAAUAAAAAUGAGAAAGAUGAAAAAGCAUUUUGGUAUCAACCGUCGUUUUUCACCAAAUUCGCACCGCAUUUACAUUUGAAUGCGAUCGGACAAAUUGAUUCGAAAUUGGAAACUGUUGCGGUUUAUGCGGAACCCGAAAAGGAUAGUCAAAUUGAGAGAGCUGUUGUUUUUUAUAAAUCGAAAAAUGGAGGACAUGUGAGUUUUUUUUUGACGAUGAAAUAUAAAUAAUUUGAAAAAUCUGAAAAAUUUAGAGAAAACAUAUUUUUCAAACAAAAAAUGGAUUAUUAUCCGAAAAAUUCUUGAAAUCAAGAAACUUUUGAAAAUUUCAAAAGUUUUUCGGAUAGAAUUUUUUGUUUGCAUCUUUUUUUUUGAAAAAUAUUUUUCUUUAAUUUUUAAAAUUAUUUUAAAGGGUUGGUGCUCCGCCAGGGAAUCUUGCUUGAUUUAGAUAGGAAUAAGGUGCUCCUGGAUGGUUCCAGUUUUAGAAAAAAUUCUAGUAUCAAUUCAGCCCAUGUUUUUCCUCAAAAACACAAGCGAGUUAAAACCUACGAAAUAAAACAUGUAAAUGCGCUCUAGCACACAACUCGUUUUUGAAUUUUCGUGCGUGUGUUUGCACACAACUUUGAAAAUAACACGGUGACGCCUUUUUGCAGACGAUUUUUUCACCAGGAAAACACCAACCCUUUAACAUGAAAAUUUGAAUUUUUAAAUUUUCGGCCUUGAAAAAAUCAACCUGAAAUUUUGAAUUUUUACAUUUCUGAAAAUGUUUAUUUUCUAAAGUUCCAAGUUUUCUAUAUUCUCAAAUAUUUUCAGAUUGUGGGAGUUUUGCUCGUAAAUGUCUUCGGUCCUUCUCUCGAUGUUGCUAGAAGAAUAAUUGAUGAUCGAAAAAAUAUCGAAGACUUGAAAGAGUUGGCAAAACUCUUUCCACUUUAUGAAGCUCCAAAAGCUGAUGAAUAA